ACAGCGCUCGCGCUGCUCUCCGCGCUCUCUACGGCCGACUGGGGAUGACGGCGGGCAGGAAGACACCGCAGCCAAAGGGACUCGGACGCGCUGCUUCACCGGCUCUCCUCAGUCUGCCCCCCACAUUUUUGUUUUGAUUUUUAUGGCUUUUUUCCGUCUCUUUCUUCCCUUCCUCCCGGUUUCAGGAGAGCCGAGGAAACCCUCAAAAUAAGAAAGGAAGUGGCCCCGAAGCUUGGAAGCUCCGCAGCCAGCCGGUCCGGAGCAGCCAGGGGGCGGGAGGGGGUGCGCACCAGUUGCCCGCUUGAUGCGCGAUACCUUUUUUUACUUUUCUUGGUGCAACGACCUUGGCUACAUUUGGGUUUUCCUCCCUUCCCCGUAUUGGCUGAAUCUCCACUACCUAGCUUUUUAAUUUUAUUUCAUUUUUUCCCCUUUCUUUUUCUUUACUCCCCUCUUUCCGGAGCACAAAUCCAAACAUUUUCCAAACCAACAAAGAAAAGUUAGCACGCUGGCACCGCGGCUCGGACAGGCUGGCGCUGCUUCUGGUCCCCCUGCCUCCGACACUUGACUCAACCUUGCAAGCAAGUGUGUGUGUGUGUCCCCAUCCCCCCGCCCCGGUAACUUCCCUGGCGAAUAACAAAUACCCAUAAAGUCCCUGUCGCGCAGCCCCUCCCCGCGGGCAGCGCACUAUGCGGCUCGGGUGGGCGUCCCUGCUGCUGUGCGCGUUCCGCCUGUCCCUGGCUGCGGCCAGCCGGGCUGAGGCACCUGCCCAGGAUAAAGCCCAGCAGUCUCCGGUUGCUGCAGCGGCAGCCCAGCCCCGCGAGCGGCAGGGGGAGGAGGCGCAGGAGCGGUUCGAGCCUCUGGGCCAUCCAUACCCCCUGGCGCUGCAGCGCAGGAGCAGCGGGCUUGUGCAGAACAUCGACCAACUCUACUCCGGCGGCGGAAAGGUGGGCUACCUCGUUUAUGGGGGCGGCCGAAGAUUUCUCCUGGACUUGGAGAGGGAUGGUUCGGUGGGCACUUCUGGCUUCGUGCCCGCAGGAGGCGGGCUAAGCGCACCUCGGCGCCACCGUAGCCACUGCUUUUACAGGGGCACCGUGGACGGCAGUCCUCGCUCCCUGGCUGUUUUUGACCUGUGUGGGGGUCUUGACGGCUUCUUCGCGGUCAAGCACGCGCGCUACACCUUAAAGCCUCUACUGCGGGGACCAUGGCCUGAGGGAGAAACCGGGCGCGUGUACGGGGAUGGGUCAGCACGGGUCCUUCACGUCUACACCCGUGAAGGUUUCAGCUUCGAAGCCCUGCCGCCACGCGCCAGCUGUGAGACCCCAGCGUCCCGGCCGGGCGUCCACCAGCGCCUCCAGCUUCGUAGUAGUCCAGACCGACACACUGCGCUGGCCUCGAAGCUCAGGGACCAGUCCGCUCUCUUGCCUGUGGGGGACCCAGGACCUCAGACCUGGUGGCGGCGUAGGCGCCGCUCCAUCUCCCGGGCCCGCCAGGUGGAGCUGCUCCUGGUGGCGGAUGCGUCUAUGGCGCGGAUGUAUGGCCGGGGCCUGCAGCAUUACCUGCUGACCCUGGCCUCAAUUGCCAACAGACUGUACAGCCAUGCCAGCAUCGAGAACCACAUCCGCCUGGUGGUGGUGAAGGUGGUGGUGCUGGGAGACAAGGACAAGAGCUUGGAAGUGAGCAAGAACGCAGCCACCACACUCAAGAACUUUUGCAAAUGGCAGCACCAGCACAACCAGCUGGAAGAUGACCACGAGGAGCACUAUGAUGCGGCCAUCCUGUUCACCAGGGAGGAUUUAUGUGGGCAUCAUUCAUGUGACACCCUGGGAAUGGCAGACGUGGGGACCAUAUGUUCUCCGGAGCGCAGCUGCGCUGUGAUUGAAGACGAUGGCCUCCACGCAGCUUUCACCGUGGCUCACGAAAUUGGACAUCUACUUGGCCUCUCCCAUGACGAUUCCAAAUUCUGUGAAGAGAACUUUGGUUCCACAGAAGAUAAGCGCUUAAUGUCUUCCAUCCUAACCAGCAUUGAUGCAUCCAAGCCCUGGUCCAAAUGUACCUCAGCCACCAUCACAGAAUUCCUGGAUGACGGCCAUGGUAACUGUUUGCUAGACAUACCACGCAAGCAAAUCCAGGGCCCUGAGGAACUCCCAGGACAGACCUACGAUGCCACCCAGCAGUGCAACCUGACAUUCGGCCCCGAGUACUCAGUGUGUCCUGGCAUGGACGUCUGUGCCCGCCUGUGGUGUGCCGUGGUGCGCCAGGGCCAGAUGGUGUGUCUGACCAAGAAGCUGCCGGCUGUGGAAGGGACACCCUGUGGGAAGGGGAGAAUCUGCCUGCAGGGCAAGUGUGUGGACAAAACCAAGAAAAAAUACUAUUCAACAUCAAGCCAUGGCAACUGGGGGUCCUGGGGACCCUGGGGCCAGUGUUCUCGCUCAUGUGGGGGAGGAGUACAGUUUGCCUAUCGCCACUGCAACAAUCCUGCACCCAGAAACAGUGGCCGCUACUGCACAGGGAAGAGAGCCAUCUACCGCUCCUGCAGUGUGAUGCCCUGCCCACCUAAUGGUAAAUCUUUUCGUCAUGAGCAAUGUGAGGCCAAAAACGGCUACCAGUCUGAUGCAAAAGGAGUCAAAACAUUUGUAGAAUGGGUUCCCAAAUAUGCAGGCGUCCUGCCAGCAGACGUGUGCAAACUGACCUGCAGAGCCAAGGGCACUGGCUACUACGUGGUCUUUUCUCCAAAGGUGACCGAUGGGACUGAGUGCAGGCCCUACAGCAAUUCCGUCUGCGUGCGCGGGAAGUGUGUGCGCACGGGCUGUGACGGCAUCAUUGGCUCAAAACUGCAGUAUGACAAGUGCGGGGUGUGCGGAGGAGACAACUCCAGUUGUACAAAGGUUAUUGGGACCUUCAAUAAGAAAAGUAAAGGCUACACUGACGUUGUGCGGAUCCCUGAAGGGGCAACCCACAUAAAAGUCCGACAAUUCAAAGCCAAAGACCAGACUAGAUUCACUGCCUACUUAGCCCUGAAGAAGAAAAAUGGCGAGUACCUAAUCAAUGGAAAGUACAUGAUCUCCACUUCCGAGACAAUCAUCGACAUCAAUGGAACAGUCAUGAACUACAGUGGUUGGAGCCAGAGGGAUGAUUUCUUGCAUGGUAUGGGCUACUCAGCCACAAAGGAGAUCCUAAUAGUGCAGAUUCUUGCAACAGACCCAACAAAAGCUUUAGAUGUCCGCUAUAGUUUUUUUGUUCCCAAGAAGCCUACUCAAAAAGUAAACUCUGUCACUAGCCACGGCAGCAAUAAAGUGGGAUCACACCUUCCACAGCUACAGUGGGUGACAGGCCCCUGGCUUGCCUGCUCUAGGACCUGUGACACGGGCUGGCACACCAGGACUGUGCAGUGCCAGGAUGGAAACCGGAAGUUAGCCAAGGGAUGUCUUCUCUCUCAGAGGCCUUCUGCAUUUAAGCAAUGUCUGCUGAAGAAAUGUUAGCCUGUGGUAUGCUCUUAGGCACAAAGAUGACUGUAGGAUCCAUCACUGUGGUGAACAUGAGGUCUACCCAACGCACAGAAAGUCAUGCUUCAAUGUCAUUGUCACCAGGAGUUGAAUUAUGGGCAGAAUCUGCUCUCUGUGACCAAAAGAAGAUAUGCACUGCUUCAUGUGACAAUGGUAACCUUGGAAUAUAGGAAAAGUUUUUAGUUAUUGAACAUCCCCUGGACCUACAAGAAUGGAAAACACACUGAUGAAUGUAGAAUCAGGGGACGUUUGAAGAUGGCAGAACAGUCUCCCCCUUGUCACCUACCUCUUACAGAAUGUCUUCAAAGACAUCGUAAUCAUUUUCACCCAUGAUGCACAGUAGCUUAUUUUUACUGUUUGUAAAUACCUUCUUCCUUGGUAUGUCACUUUAUAUCACUUGGUUCUAUUAAAAUAU